UUUAAGAAACGCAGCUGUGACCAGUAGUAAACAAAAAAAAUAUAGAUAUAAAAACUAAAACUCUUAAAACUCUACGAAAAAUGGGGUUAACAGAGGAAACAACUGAAAACCCUUUAGUAGAGGAACCAACAACAAAUAAAAUAGUGCCAAUUUUACACAAGUCUAUCAGUGACAUGGAGCUAAAGGAAGAGGGAAGUUUUUAUAUUCUGAUACCAUUUGGAGUAUUUUUGAUAAUUAUAAUGCUGUCAUUAAUGGUCUAUCUUAUGGCACGUAACCGUAGACGUCUCGCAUAUAUCUAUUGCAAGAAAAUGCAAAGCAAACAACAAAGUUUCAAGUACGAUGAUGAGGCCUACGAUUCGCCCAUGGAACAGGACACGGAGGCCUUCCAUGAUGAAGAGGACAAUGAAGAUAAUCCAACAAAAAGUUUGCUAAGGGGCAAAUUGCAAAUCAAUAAUCGCUAUGAGAACUAUUUGAGUACCUCUCACCUCAACAAAUCUCCUGAAUUAUUCACCUAAAUCAUAUCUUCGACAAGCGAGCUAACUACAUUUCAGUAUUAUUAUUCUUAAUAUAUCAAAACAAAGCCUAGUCAAAUUAGCAAAUACGUAUUUUUCUGCACAUAUUAUAAUAUAAUAAUAACUUAUUACGUACAUUCCCAACUAAUAUCAACUAAAUGCAACAAUAUUUUAUUUA